AUGGACUGGGCUCAACCAAUCGACCCGGAUCUAACUGCGAAACUGCUGGGUCGAGGUGUUGCGGUAUCGCCCGUAGUUACGGUUGAACCCCGGCGGCGUAAGUUCCACAAGGCGAUCACCUUGAGCAUGCCGGCGCCCAGAGCCCACAGUCAGGGCAUGAUCAACCAGUACUCGGGUAGCGCUCCCACCUUGCGUCUACUGUGCUCCAUAACCGGUGGUACCACUCGCGCCCAGUGGGAGGAUGUCACCGGUUCCACUCCGUUGACCUUCGUGAACGAUUGCGUCUCGUUUACCACCACCGUUUCGGCCCGCUUCUGGCUAAUGGACUGCCGUAACAUAGCUGACGCAACCAAAAUGGCAACCGAGCUUUACAAAGAAGCCAUACACGUACCGUUUAUGGCUAAAUUUGUAGUAUUCGCCAAACGUACUGAUCCGCUAGAGGCACGCCUCCGCGUCUUCUGCAUGACAGACGACCGUGAGGACAAGACCCUUGAACAUCAGGAGCACUUUACCGAGGUGGCCAAGAGCCGCGACGUCGAGGUAUUGGAAGACAAGUCGCAAUAUAUAGAACUGGCAGGCAACCUGGUCCCGAUCACCAAAUCUGGUGAACAGCUAAGCCUGCCAUUCAAAGCAUUCCGUGAGAAUCGUCUACCAUUCUCGGUUCGUGUGAAAGACCAACACGCGGACAUUGUGGGUCGCACCCUCUUCAUGCGUGAACCAAAGAUUGCAAAGGGUGAACCACCACAGCAGCCAAUUUGCAUCCUAAACAUCGUACUGCCAGAAACAAUCAUUCCAGAUCAAGUCACUACCAUCGAAGACUCGCAGGAGGUAGUGGUGCGCCUUGGACAUAGCACCCGCGUAUCACCCCGCGAUCAAAACUACCUUGGCGAACUGCGGGUCGUGGACAUCUCGAAUCUUCUCGGCGAAGAUUGGGUCAAGCUAGCACCGGAGAUCGGUGUUAACGAAACGGACGUCGACAACAUCAUUGCCCAGAACCCGACUAGCAGUGCGCAGCAAGCCCAGGCCAUGCUGAAGUUGUUCCAAUCGAAGGCUCGAAACGACUUCAAUAUUCUGGAGAACGGUUUGCGAACAAUUCAACGAGACGACAUUGUCGAUCGGUGUCUGCGAACUACAGCGACAAGUACCUCGACGACGACUACCGUAACGAUGCGUAACAAGACGGCAUUCUCGAUCAGUAAACGAAGCCAUGAUAUCAACAUCAUCGCUGAGCAAGACUCCAUUGCGAAGUUGGUGCAAAAAGAUGACCAAUUCACCAAAGAGGAGUACAAUAAAUACUCAGCCGAAGAGAAACAGGUCGACGAGUCCGAAGAAUCCGAAGAGGACACCAUCAAGAAAACUGUAGCCGAACGUCGAAAACAGAUCGAGAAGCGCUUGUCGGCGGACCGAUCUAUCCCUGCAUCAACCCAAAAGAAGGAAAUCGUCGAAGAAAUCAUCACUAUCAAGCGAGCCAGUGUGAUAGACGAUACCCGUGCGAAGCACGAAGAAGAAAUCCUGAUGCAAAAACCCAUCGACAAUUCGUACAAAUCUUCGGUAAUACCAGAACCGGUAGUAAAACUGAAAACCUCCACCGUCAAGGAAGGAGGGGCUGCCAUUGCGAAGGACGAGUUCGAUCGAGAGCUACAAGACAAAUUCAAAUCCACAUUGAAGAACGUGGACGAUUUCGAGCACAAAUCUCAAUUGUUGACCGGGGAGACAGUCGACAACUCAGCUAAAAUUGUUGAUGAAAUUGCCAAGAAAGACGCACCCGAACCGAGCCGAAAGCCAGACGAUGACAAGAAAAAACCGGACUCCGAGGACGAAUCUCCAAUUCCGAAGGAACGAAUCCCAGUUCCUAGCAAGCGGACAAGCAUAACACGCGAAGAUGCGACUGAUCAGGGCGUUGUGAUCGAAUCCAUCAAAAAUGUCCAUGAGAAGAUUUCUUCGUUCGAAUCGAAAUCAUCUGCUGAAUCUAGCAAGCGCACAUCAUGGGCAAAGGAUUCUACCAGCUCGAAGCAGUUGUCCGAGGAACAAGAUUUUCCAACUCACCAAACACACCUGGACAAACUGCAAGAACAACUAACCGAAAAGAAAACACUUCCCGACUGGACGGAACAGGAUGAAAUCCUGGCUCAAAAACGAGACUUCGAAGAGAUGGAAAAAGAAACAGAAAAAUGGACCGAAGAAAAGGAGAUAAUGGCACAAAAACAGCAAUUCGAUCAAUUGGAGGAACAUUUCUUGCAACAGCAACAAAAAGUGAUGAGCGAUACGCAAGAAAAGUGGACUGAAGAGCAGGAAAUUCAAGCCCAGAAGGCUCAGUUCGAACAGAUGGAGAAAUCUGAGCAAAUAUUCCAAGAGCGGAAGUCUGAGGUGAUAAGCAAGGUAGAAGAGAAAAUGUCCUCUCAAACGAAAUCUUUUGCGGAGACCAUUAAAACAGAUACCGGUUUGGGCGAUGCAUACCGCCAAGAAAUUCAAGAAUUUGCCGCACAAAGUUCUCAAACCAAAACGACGGUGGAUCAAAAAGUAGACAAAACUGUAACGGAAAUGCGUGAUUCGGAGGUUGUGUCCGAGACGAAAGAGUCAAGCCAACAAAGCAAAGAAGCUUACGACAAAUUGGCGGAAGCUUUCGCCAAAGAAACUGUAACCAGCUCGCACGAACCAACGCCCAAAAUCCAGGAAGCCUUUACUAAAGAAAGCUUCGAGAGUAUCCGGGAGGAAACCGUUAGCAAGGAUCGCUCUGGAACACUAAAAGAAACGGCACAGAAAACAAAAACCGAAAUCGAAACCGGUGUCCGGCAGGGAGAGGAUAUUUUAGCCGAAAAAAUAUUCGAAGUAGGUGAAGAAUUCCGAAGAACCGAGGAAACACCAGCUGUCAAACCAGACGAACAGCCAUCGAUCGUUGAAACCAUCACAAAAACAGUCACUCAAGAAGUAACUUCAAAAAUUCCGGUAUUCAGCAAACGACCAUCACCGGACGAACCUGCCAAGCCGAAGGUAGUGCCGAAACAACCAACUGUGGAAGAUUUAGAAGUUACAACUAAACAAACAGAUGCACCGACAUCAAAAAUACCACGAUUUGAUAGUAGUAAGCCAGCUGGGGUAAAGAUGGAUACGGUACAUAUUAAAUCGCCAGAAGCAGACACAAAGCAAACCAAGAUACCAAUUUUCAAGGAUCGAAAAGUUUCGGAACAGAUCUCCAGUGAUUCAGGUGACACGGUCAUAACGCAAAAAACAGUUCGCGAACAGGACUCGCUUUUGAAAUCGGACAGCGAUGAGCGACCGAUCGAAACGUACACUGCCGCUUUGGUGGAAUCUGGCGAAAUCACCAGCAAGGAGGUGAAAGAGGUCCUGAGCUUUACAACGAUCGACGAAUCCAUACUGAACGAACUAAUCACCGAGGAUGAGCGAGCGGUCACACCGGACGAUUUCAUCGAUGAAAUUAUCAUAGAAGCUCACGAUACGGUUCAGCAAAUGCAGCAGGCUGAAAUUUCCGCGUACACCUUGGAUCUGAGCAGAUCCGAAGAUGAUGUUCUAGAAAAAUCACCGCACCCAAUUCCCGAGUACGUAACGGAACGCUACGAGCUCGAGGAAGAUGACCGCGAGCACGAAAAAUGGCAAGAUUCUACAAAGGAACCGGCCAACAUUAACGAACUCCGAAAAUCACACUCUGAACUGCAAAAUAACGACCGGGGACUUUGGGAGCAGAAUGAUCAUAAUUUCUUCAGCCGCUUCGCAAAAGUCCUUCACAGCCAGUCGCUGGCUGACGAUGCCCACUCGCUAGUACCGGACGAUGCCUCAACGACGGAUCUAGAGGCAUUCCGGGACUACCAUUGGCUGGACACCCCGGACUCUGGUACCGGUAUCACCGUAGCGAACCCAGCGAUAGCGCAAAAGCAACCUAAGGGUACCCAAGCUAAACAGUCCGUCCUGAGGCAAGGCGUUGUAUUGGCCUCCACCGAAGACUUUGACACUGAGAGUCUCCAGUCGUCCGACGUUGGUGACGAUCGCAAAAAACCUGCUGUUCAAGACGCUGACGAAAUUACCACCAAAACUUACAAGACACGCAAAGAAUUCAAUCUAGACCUAGACACAGACGCAACUGCACCAAGAAAAACGGAACGAAAGACGCGCUUCGAAACGCAUCUGAAUCAGGGCACUUCUCCAAUGACAGAUAUAGUAGAAUCUCCGGACAGUGUACACCACUAUUCGGCUCGGGGUGAAUCACCGGCAAUUAAGCUUGUUAUCGGGCGCAAAGAGAUCAAAACUUCCGAUACUUCUGCCAUAACCGAAAGUCGGCUGACGGUUUACGGGCAUAAGGAUGUGGAAAUAUCCAUUAGUUCUCAAUCGACUAUUAGCCUAACUACUACGACUACGUCUAAAGACGGACGGGAGGUUAGCUCCGAGUUUGUCAGCAGUGGCACGGGAGCGAAAGAGUCUACCACAACUACGAAACGCUACAAACAGUUCAAAUUGAUUGACGAAGAUCAAGAUUCGGAACGGGUUGAACGAAAGCGAGACGAUACAGUUUCAUUCUCGAAAAAGAAGAGCGUCUACCUGUUUGGUAGCUUUGACUCCAGUAGCGAGUCACCUAUAACGGAAGCAAGCGGGUCUGGUCAUGUGACAGACACAGGUAUUUCUCUGACAAGAGGCUUCACCGAAACUAUGACCUCACCAGGUAUUGUAUCAUCUACGGAAGAAAAGAAUAAAAAAAUCAGCAUAGUAACCGAUACUGCUGUUGACGUGGAAAUCGAAGAACUAGAACUAACCGAUGCAGGUUUAAGUCCAAUUCUACCAGAUGAAACAGAUGUUACAGCUGAUUUCCAAAUGGCCGAAGAAGAUGUUCAGUAUGCACACAUGGGAACUAGUCCGGUGGACUUUGAGGAACAAUCUGUGUCUGCAGCUCUGGACACUUCCGAAGCAGCCACACUAACCGAUCGAAUAGAAACGAAGGACGCAUCGAACAGUCCACUGGAUACCAACAUAACAUCCAUCCUAAAACGGGACCUAACUAAAAUUACCGACGAAGAACUACUAAUCGGCCGACGAGGUUCUGGCGAUGUUAAGGCGAAGAUUAAAAUCCUGGAACAAAACCAGAAAAUACAGAGCGCACAAAGUUCACCGAAAAAGAAGGUUGAAUUUGAAGACUACCAGGUGAGAGCAACUGAAAUACAUGAGUCUCCCAAAAAACAAAAAGUCGCUUCCGCUAAGAUAAGUGAGCUGAAGAAAAUAUUCGGCGAGGAGCAAGAACCAGAGGAGUCGAAUAUAAUGUCGGACUCGAUACCACCCAUCCAGGAGGUUAUCAAGCAGCUAGAGAAACGAAUUGCCGUUGAACAGAUUGACAGGCGUGUGAUUGACCAAAUCGAUGCUUCAGCGAUCCGCACAUUGCCACCUCCAGCCACCAAGAAGGAAACACUAGAGGUUCACGAACUUGCUGACUUAGAAGCUCAAAUCAUUCCAGAUGAGACAAUCAAAGCAAUAAAGGCACCAGCCCCGCUAGAUUCAACCGAAGAAGUAAAACUAACCAAACUUGUACGAGGGGUGCAACAGCUCGGACUACAAGAACAACACAAACGUCAAUUGACUGAGGAAUUACAAGAAGCAGAAACCAAAGCUUUGCUCGACGAACCAGUCUGUGAAAAGAUUAUUUGCAAAAAAUAUGUUCCAGGAUUGACAGAGGAUGCACUAGAAGAACUUGAGCCGAAACGUACAAACGAUUUAAUUAAAAUGUUCGAGAGUAAACAUACCCAAGAUUUAGAAACCACACCUCACAGUCCUAAAAUUACCAAGAUUCAGCAAGACGAAAAAACAAGAGCAAUUAUGUCGGCAGUUGAAGUGGAAAAAACUAUCCACAGCCGUACUACUGUGACCACGAGAGACGAAAUCCGAAGUGAACGGCAAAUAAUCGAAAUUGAGGAGUUGGAAUCUGAAACUCAAGCAGUGGGAAAAUUAUUUAUAAAGACUCAAAUACAUAAGGAACCAGAAGAAAUAAUACAACCUGAAGAUGAGAGUGAACAAUAUGAGGAAAAACUGAAGCAAGGAGAAAUUUGCAAAUUGAAUCAAAAUUUGAUUUCAAUGUUUGACAAAACUAUAACCGUAGGCAAAUAUGCACAGCAAGACAAGCAAACAAAACAAGAAACCAAAGCACAAAUCAGCCACUCUAUGAAAGAACCAAAAUUAGAACAGAAGUCACCAGAAGAAGUGCAGCAAUCUGUAGCAAACAUUAAGGCACGAUUCAAUCAAAUGUCGGGAGAAGACCAACUACUUAAACAAAAACAAUAUAUACCUAAUCCAUCAAUCAAAAAACAAGUCUAUGCAACUGAAAAAAUACACAAAAAACCAGAACCAGCAGAAACACAAACAGACGAGGAAAUAGAUCCACUAGCUGCUGGAGAAAAGCUUGCUACAAAGCAAACCGAAGCAGUAGCAGGUAUAGGAGAAAAAAACAAAGAAGACGGAAUACAACUCGAGCAAAAACCACAUCCGCCAAUCGAUAAACCCAAGUAUGCUGAGGUUGAGAAAUCAAUUUCACUAGUUCCUGAUGAAACUGAAAAAAUUGAAGAAGCUAAAAAGAUUGUGACAAAGACCAAACUUGACGAAAAACAACUCGAGGCCAAGCCAGUUUCGCCUGUCGAAGAGACCAAGCCUGCUGAGGGCAAGCCAGUUUCGCCAAUCGACGAGGCCAAGCCUGCUGAGGUUGAGAAGGCAGUUUCAUCAGUUGCUGAUAAAACUAAGGAAAUUGAAGAAGUAGAAGAAAUUGUGACUGAGACCAAACUUGACGAAAAACAACCAGAGGGCAAGCCAGUUUCGCCAGUCGAUGAGGCCAAGCCUGCUGAGGCCAAGCCAGUUUCGCCUGUCGCUGAGGCCAUGCCUGCUGAGGUUGAGGAAACAGUUUCACCAGUUGCUGAUGAAACUAAGGAAAUUGAAGAAGUAGAAGAAAUUUUGAUUGAUACAAAACAUGACGUGAAACAACUUGAGGCCAAGUCAGUUUCGCCAGUCGAUGAGGCCAAGCCUGCUGGGGUUGAGAAAGCAAUUUCACCAGUUGCUGAUGAAACUAAGAAAAUUGAAGAAGUAGAAGAAAUUGUAACUGAGACCAAACUUGACGAAAAACAAUUUGAGGCCAAGCCAGUUUCGCCUGUCGAUGAUGCCAAGCCUGCUGAGGUUGAGAAAACAGUUUCACAAGUUCCUGGUGAAACUAAAGAAAUUGAAGAGGUAGAAGAAAUUGUUACUGAGACCAAACUAGACGUGAAACAACUCGAGGCCAAGCCAGUUUCGCCUGUCGAUGAUGCCAAGCCUGCUGAGAGGUAG